AUGACGACCUCGAAUCAGAACGUCGAUAACAUCGACGCCCUCCUCGACUUCAGCGAGUACGACAACAUGUCUUAUCAGUCUCCCUCGCUCUCUCCCGCGGCUACCGCCAAGAACACCUUCACUCGCCCAUCAGUCAGCACCGUCGCGACCCCGACGAUGCCCUCCGCAUCACAACCUCUCACUGGCCCUAGCCAUCAGUAUGAUCUCUACAAGCAGCAGACUGGCAUCGUUCCUGGUGCCCUCGCCAGCACCCUGGCCGUGAAUGAGGCCAACUCUCACAUUAGCGGCUACAACAGUGGUUACGGAAUGGACUACUUGGGCAAUGGUUUGAGCCCGGAGAACGACAUGUUCGACUUCAACACAUCGCCGUCCCAAAAUUCUACUGGCUUGGAUAUGGAUAUGGAGUUUGACUCCCCUCCGGACUCUCAAUACUUCUUCCCCAACACUACCGUCAACCCCACUGCCAUCGGCGGACAGGAGUCUCCCGUGGUCCCCUCCCAGCAGAGCAACGUUGGCCGCCUCUGGCCUGGCAUGCACUCUCAGGCUGCGCUUGCCAAGGCCCAGGCCCAGCAAAGGCAACAGCAGCAAAUUAUUCAGCAGCAGCAGCAGCGCCAACAGAUGGGUCAGAAGCAGCGCACCAAAAGCCAGCAGCCUACCGACCCCAUCGUUGAGCAGAAGAUCACCCAGCUCCUCAACUCCAUGCGUGCUAAGCCCGCUCAAGAGGGCGACAGCCCCACUCCUCUCAUGAAUCUGCCUAGAUGCAAGAAGGACGAGGAGGAUAUGGACGAGGACGAGAGACUUCUCGCUAGUGAGGAGGGCAAGAAGCUCAGCAGCAAGGAACGUCGCCAACUCCGCAACAAGGUUUCCGCCCGCGCCUUCCGUUCCCGCAGAAAGGAAUACAUCACCCAGCUCGAGGCAGAGAUUGCCAACAAGGUCUCCGAGAACGGCGAGCUUCGCCAGCACAACCGUGCUCUCCAGGACGAGAACAAGCGCCUGCAGGAUCUCACUCGCAUGCUCCUGGCUUCUCCCUCAUUCUCCAACUUCCUUGACCACCUCAGCACCAAUCCCCAGCCCGCUCCUCAGCAGCAGCAGCAAGCUCCCGCCGUCAAGGUUGAGAGACAGGCUGAGCAGCGCCAGAUUCCCAAGGACAUCAACCCCUACGCCAACCAGACCCAGCAGCAGCAGAUCGGCAUGGCCAUGCUCCCUGAGCAGAACAUGGACUUCUCUAUGCUGAACAUUGACAACGACGCCUACAACUUCCAACCCCAGGUCUUCGCUGUUCUCGAGACUCCCGACGUUCCCGUCACCAUUGACACUAACGUCCUCUCCGGAAAGUCCUCCAACUUUGUCGGCGAGCAAUUCGAGUCUGAUGACGAGAAGAUCGAGCUUCCCACUAUUGAGGCUCCCAAGGUCCUGGCGCCUGAGGUUCAGUCUCAGGCUCCUGCCACCGAGGAGGUCUUCGACGACGAGUUCGAGAACGACCCUGAGUUCGCUCUGUACCACUCUGCCCCUGCCCCUGCGACCGCUCCUGUCGAGCUUGACACCGAAGCCCUCUCACAACCCGAGAUCUUCGGUGGUGUUGAAGCCGAGAAGGUCCUUGCCCGCUACGAACUCGUCGACGCAUCAGAAGAUGAGCAGAACGCAUGUGUGGCCAUGGCCAAGGUGCAACGCAUCGACGCCGCGCUUCAACCAGUCCUCGCCAGACUGGAGUCGCUCUUCCUUUAA